AUGGGCAAGAGAAAGUCAAAGAGAAAGCCGCCACCAAAGGCAAAAGCAGUGGUACCACUAGAAACGCAGUUCAACUGUCCUUUUUGUAAUCAUGAGAGAGUAUGCGAAGUCAAAAUGGACCGAGAACGAAAUGUAGGAUUCAUUUCCUGUCGAGUCUGCUCAGAGGAUUUCCAGACGCCGAUCAACUACCUCUCAGAACCUAUAGAUGUCUACUCAGAUUGGAUUGACGCCUGUGAAGCUGCGAAUGCGUGA